AUGUCAAAAUCACCACCAAUACCACAUAAAAACUCAAUGUCAAAUGAAAGUUUAGAGAAAGAGAAAGAAAGGCUUAGAUUCAUUAUUGAACAAUACUUUCUUCAAAUAACUAGAGGGUGUUCAGAGAAAUUACUUUAUCAUUCAAAAUAUUGUUGUCAUAAUCCACAAUUUCAAAAAUUUGCAGAUCCAAAUAAUGCAGCAGUUAAAGCAUUAAGAAUAGGUAAAAAAUAUGAAGAAAAGUAUUUAUGUAGUUAUUUAUUAGUAUCAGAGAAAGAAAGAGGUAUAACCUAUCAUAACAUGAAAACUUUGGUUGAUUUAUCAAGACACUAUGACAAUUAUUCAAACAUUGUAGAAUAUAUCAAAACUUCUUUUGCUCUUCCUUCAACUGUUAAUUCUUCUUUUAAAUCGACAAGAACACAAGAUUUUGAUGAUGAAACUUAUUUUGAUGGUUUAGAUUUAGAUGACAUAAAUAAAAUUUUCAAUUUACUUUUAAGUUUAGAUAAUGAUAGAAUUAAUGAUGAAUUACAAAAAGCAUCAAGACAAUUAAGUAAUAAUCUUAGAUAUAAUGCAUCUUCAUAUUCAGAGAAAUCACAACUUAAACCAUUUAUAUUUCUUUUAGUGAACCCAUAUAUUCAUGACCUUGAAAAUAGAGGAAUUUUAGCAAAUGUAUUUAUAGCAUUAGAAUCACUUUCAGAGAAAAUGAGAAAUAUAUUUUAUGAAUGGUUUAACCAUUUAUCAAAGGAAGCAUUUGUUCAAACAUUAACUAAUUUUGAACAAUUCAUUUCCGUAAGAAUAUUGGCAGAUGAUGAUAUUAAAUUACAUGCCGAUGUUCCUGUUAAAGGUGCUUGUACCGCAAUUCAAUUAAUGUCAAAAGUAAAUGAUUCAAAGAAAUUUGUUCAAUAUACAGAUUUUUAUAAUGAUGCAUUAAAUGAAGCAUUGGAUUUGUUUUUAGAUUAUAAUUCAACUAAACGUUGCUUUACAUAUGCAAGUUUUCCAGCAGUACUAAAUGUAAUAACAAAGGGUCAAUAUUUACAGAUUGAACAUGCACUAACACAAAAUUCAUUAAGAACUCAAUUUGGUCAAAUGGGUAUAACAUCAGCAGCCGAUUUUUUAAUUUUUAAAAUUAGAAGAGAACAUCUUAUAGAUGAUACAUUGGAUAAAGUUCAAACAUUAAGAGAGGAGAAUAGAAAGAGUGAACUUAGAAAAGAACUAAAGGUUCAUUUCAUGGGUGAAGAAGGUAUUGAUGAAGGUGGUGUAAAAAGAGAAUUCUUUCAAUUAAUCGUUAGAAAAAUAUUUGAUCCUGAAUAUGGAAUGUUUAAAUAUAAUACAACCACAAAUUGUUUUUGGUUUAAUCCUGAUUCUGUUGAUUAUACAGAAUUUGAAUUAAUUGGUAUUAUUAUAGGUUUAGCACUUUAUAAUAAUAUUAUUUUAGAUGUACAUUUUCCUUUAGUUAUUUUUAAAAAAUUAUUAAAUUUAGAUUUAACAAUGGAAGAUAUAGAAUCAUUGGAUCCAGAGGUUUAUCAAAGUUUUAUAAAGAUAAAAACAACAGAAGAGGAUGUUAGUGAUUGGUCAUUGUAUUUUUGUGCAACCUAUGAGAGUAUAUAUGGUCAAACCAAAGUUCACAAUCUUAAACAAGGUGGUGAUGAUAUUCAAGUCACCAAUGAAAAUAGAAAUGAAUAUUUAGACCUCUACAAAGAUUACUUGUUAAAUAAAUCAAUUAGUAAACAAUUUGCUCCAUUUUUUAAAGGUUUCAGAAUGGUUUGUGAUUCACCAAUUUUAAAGAUUUUAAAACCCGAAGAAUUGGGUAAUUUGGUUUGUGGUGUUGAAGAUUUAAAUUUCAUUGAAUUAGAACGUGGUACAAAUUAUGAAGGUGGUUAUACUCAAGAUGAUACAACUAUAAAAAAUUUUUGGAAGGUUUUACAUGGUUUAUCAGACGAAGAUAAAAGGAGAUUUUUAACUUUUGUAACAGGUGGUGAUAGAGUGCCUUAUGGUGGUUUAGAGAAAAUGAGUUUUACAAUCACAAAAACUGCCGAUAGUGAUAGAUUACCAUCAGCACAUACAUGUUUCAAUACCUUAAUUUUACCAGCAUAUCCAGAAUUUGAAAAACUAAGAGAUCUCUUAACUAAAGCUUUAACUCAUUAUGAAGGUUUUGGUCUUAAAUAA